AGUUUAAUUUCAGAUGAGAAUGUAUGAGAAUCUUUUUUUAGCCUUCGUAUUAUUUGGAUUAUGUAACGGUGUACCUAUGAAAUAUAGAAUUCCUAACCGACGCUCUAUUCGCUUAAACUCAGAUGAAGAAUCUACAACUUCAGUAAACCUGCCCCUUCCCUACCCUUCCCGAGAGGUACCACUUUCUUCCUCUCCGUCCCAAUUCUACCUUGUGUCCAAUGAUGAGAAUUCUUCUAAAGUAAUAAACUACUCAAUAUCAAACAGAACAUCACAGGAAUACCAUUCUUCCUUACCCAGUACGGUAGUAACUCCAAUUUUGCCAAAUCAAUCUUCAACCAGACAUUCUUUCAAUCAUCCUUCUUUGAACCAAGAACAUCCUGUACUUUUACCUCUAAUUUUACAAUCUUCGACUGGUGACCAUGAUUUGGUGGCCAAUGUGGAGCACUAUCCAACAAUGAAAGUACUUGAAAACAACUCGCAUUCCAACAUGUCUCCAGAUCAUCAUUCAGCCAAAGUUCCAAGGAUAAUUGAGAUGCUUAGUCAGGGGAAUACUGAUGCAAGUGUUGCAAAGACGUUGGACAAUCCUUCAACUAAAAGUGAUGAUUCUGUCUCUGCUUCGAUGUACCCUCCCCUUCAGAGUGGAAAUACUGGCACUUUAUUUCCUAAAAUUAACGAGGAGCCUAGAAUUCCGAAAAAGAAAAUGUUGAAGAGAAUUGAUGCCUUCACUAAGCAACUUUAUUCUGAUCACAAUGUUGGUACGCUUGAUCAUGAGGAAAAGAAAACAUCUGAAAAAGGGGUUGAAGAAAACAUUGAGGACAUUAUUAGAGAAGAAAAAGAGAACAUGGAACUAAAGAUGAAAGUGGAGACUGAUCUUGAGGAUUAUCACCAGUUAAAGCAAAGGAUUCAGUUUCUUGAAAUUCAUCUUAAAAACCAUGCUGAUCUUACAGUGGUUAGUACCUCUGAGCUACUUGGAGCUGCACAUUCUCUUCAAGAGGUUAAAGACAAGAUCAUUAAACCUUUGGAGCUAAAUCUUAUCGCAGUAAAAGAUCAGAUUGAUUCAUUAGAUCACAGAUUUAACUUGGAGGAGAAGAAGUUCAUUCAAUCUGUAAUUGAGAAUGCAGACGGAUUUUUAAAAACUUCAAAGAACAGAAUUGAACAAUUAGAGCUUCUUAAUCAGAAUUGGAGUUCAGAAGAGGAGGUAGAGUCGAUAGAUGAAGCAAUCCACAGGAAACCAAUCUCUAAAUUCAGAAACCAAAAAACUUCCACUGACGAGAAGAUGAUUAUGGAUGAGGAAGAAUUUUCCACAGGAUUAAGAUCAGGAAAACUUCAGCGAAUCCAUAAUCUUGUCGGAGAAAAGAACCUUGAGAGAUUGCAAAACAAUGAAGAACAUGAAACUUUGAACAUCGAUAUCCACAAACUGAAGCAGGAUUUAGAACGAGAAAAGAUGAUGGACACUGAGCCAGGGUAUAACAAGAAAAUCAAGGCUGCAUUUGAUGAAGCUGCAGAAAAAUCACAUAAGUUUGUUGAGAAGUUAUCACACCCUCAUUCUGGAACCGAGAGACCUUCCUGGCUCAUUGUUAUAAUUCUUUCAGUUAUAUCAGGAGCGCUGCUGAUAACUGUUCUUUGUCUGAUAACUGUUAGGUGCAAAAAGAUUCCAACCAACUUCUUUAGUAAGAAGGAGGAAACUAACCUGACCUACUGUGAACUAAAUGAUGUACAGUUCAGGGAUACCAGGGCUGAAGAACAAUCAGGAUCAGAUGGAUGGCAGGAUCAACAAUGGGCAUCAUGGGCCAACUCAGCUCGAGAUUCCCAAAAGCUGAAGUAAAAAAAUUGUGAUUUGAUUAGAUUAUUUAAUUUUGUAAUUGCCAAGUCAAUUAAUCAAUUUUAGCUAAUAA